AUGGAUCCCAACAACCGUCCGGACAGAGCGCACCCGCACGAUCCCAUCCAACUGAGCCUUGAUGCUGUCAACCACCGCCUCGUGCGACCGAGUUUUCUGAAGAACCUCUCGCCGUCGCGACUGCCGUCACAAGCCGCAUCUGACUCGUCUCUUUCGCCAGGCCUGGAUGCCCCACACAGCUCGACCGAAGCACGUCCCUCGCAUCACCGCCAUUCUCAUCUCAACCUCGCAGUCUCGCUGGAACAAGCGCCAGAUGAGGUUGACCUGACGUUGCCGCUGAUUUUGGAGCCCUGCGCUGACGGCCACUAUCCGGGCGUUGACCCGCGCGUCUGCAGCCACCUCGAAUCACGUUUCCUCGGUGUCCGUCACGCGUUCGCGAAGAUGGCUUCUUCAGAGCGCAACUUCCAGACGUUUGCCCAUGGCCAUCAGGACCUGGUGCUGGCCGUCGACUUUAAUUAUUUCGGCACGCGCAUGGUCACAGCAAGCUCCGACCACCGUCUCAAGGUUUGGGACAAGAAGGACGAUUCCUGGACUUUGGUGGAGAACUGGAAGGCCCAUGACGCAGAGAUUGUCGAUGUUAAAUGGAAUGGCCCCUUCAUGGGAGAGGUCAUUGGCAGCAUCGGCGAAGAUGGCCGCUGCAAGCUGUGGCAGGAAGACGUCACAGAGGUUCCCAUGUCAAGCAACCGCUUCAAGUUGAUCACCAAUCUGGCCUCUCAAACGCAUGCCCCGUUUAUGUCCUUAGACUUCAAGAACAUCAUGCAGGAAACAUGGCUUGCCUUGAUUACACGUGACGGCCACCUAACUGUUUAUGAGCCUGUGGACCAGAGUAGCCUGAACGAGUGGUCUCUCCUGGCAGAGCAUUGGGUCUGUCAGGACCACCCUCCAGAGCGCCAAGAGGAGGUUGGAUUUAAGGUUGUCUUCCAUAAAGAGAAGUUGCCGUGUUGGACUGCUAUCAUGGCCGGCCUUGAUCGCAAGUCCCUCUCCCUGGCCGUUGCAGCGAUGAAGGAUGUCCUCGUCUUUAGGACCGACAAGGGGAAGCGGUUCUUCCGGGUGGCCACCCUCAAGGGCGCCCGCCAGAUCAUUCGUGACCUAGCUUGGGCCAAUGGCUCCAUGCGAGGCUACGAUGUCCUCGCCACCGCAAGCAAGGACGGUGCGAUUCGUAUUUAUGAACUUUCCACCCCACGCUCAGAUAAAUCAUCCUCAGCCACAGGCGCAUCUUCCACGUCUACUGUUACUGAACCAGUUUCCUCCCCACAACCAAGCAGACCAAGGAAGAACGCUCCGUCAGGUAUUGGAGCUGGUUUGGCAGGGGCUUCUAAAGCUCCAGACACUUCUUAUCCGAACGAUCAAUACCCGGGCCGCAUCACCCAAGUCGUCAAGAUGGUGGAUGAGCUCACCAACCAUCAUGGUGCAGUUUGGCGAGUAGCUUUUUCGCAGAUGGGCGAUCUUCUCGUCUCAACUGGUGACGAUGCCUCCAUCCGUACUUGGAAGAAGGCACUCAACGGGCAUUGGGCUGAGUACGCCGAAAUUGAGACUGCGCGCGAUGUUUAAGCUGUCCAAGGUUUUGGAUAGGGCAUGGAUGGGCUUGGCGUUUGGGUAUGUGGUACAUUGGUGUGGCGUUCUCACGUCGGAGUUCACCUAUAUAGGGGCAUUCUGAUUUCCACCUGGCGUCGAAAUCACAUUGCAUUAUAGAUACCCUCCGGGCAACCCUCGAUCCGGCGAUACCGAGCUCGGAGUCGCUCGUUUGAGCCUCAAUUUG